AUGCUGAGUUCGAUCUUCUCUCGUGCAAGGGGGGCUCUGGGAGCGCCUGAGAGAAGAGGUGGCGGCUCUACGGAUAGCUAUAUAUUCCCUACGGUCAAGCCCGAGGUAGACGGUGAAGGCUGUGACCAGGACUGUGCCAACUGCACCAUUCGAUACCCAUCAGGAUUCAAGGUAGAUGAAGGAAGGCAGCUCUACGGAAAUGUUAAGCCGGUCACGAAUCAUGUCCUAGUUGCUACAGGAAAGUCAGAUUGGGUAUCAAAGGUGGAGAAUGAAAAGGGGUCUCUAAUGGAGGCCUUCAAGAAUUCAUCUCAGCCAAAGGGAGAGAGCACGGUAGUCCUGGCGUCCAAUAUAUCAGUUGAUCCUAUGAGUGAAGAUUCAUCUACAACAGUGCUUCUUCUGCCAUCGUUCACUUACGUCGACCAUGUGUCAAGGGCAGAUAUACCGGAACUCAACGCUCGUUUCAUCAGCAAGGAGGGUUCUAGUCCAUCUUCAGUAUCCGAUGCUAAGAGUAACCUGCAGCCUCGCCCAUGUCCACGAGAUUACAUAGUCUUGUUAUGCUCGCACAAGACCCGCGAUGCAAGAUGUGGUAUAUCAGCGCCUUUGAUCAAGAAAGAACUUGAACGACACCUUCGCCCACUUGGCCUAUUACGUGACGAAGACGAUGAGCGUCCGGGCGGUGUCGGGAUCUUCUUUGUUUCACAUGUUGGUGGUCAUAAAUUUGCAGCCAACGUGCUGAUCUAUAGAAAAGAAGACGAACAGAUGAUAUGGCUGGCCAGGAUCCGGCCAGAGCAUUGCGAAGGUAUUAUCAAACACACGAUAGUAAACGGCAGGGUGGUCCAUCCAGAGACGCAACUUAGAGGUGGAUUCGACAGGAAAAACGGGUUGACCAGCUGGUGA